AUGCCUUCACGUACCGAUUCGCCUCUUCAGGUUGCCAUUAUUGGCGCUGGCCUCGGUGGCCUAGCAGCUGCUGUAUCUCUGCGUCGCCAAGGCCAUGCUGUCACGGUUUACGAGCGAUAUGAUUUUGCGGGCGAAGUAGGGGCGUCCUUGAGUGCUGCCUCCAACGGGUCGCGCUUCCUCGAGGAAUGGGGCGUGGACGUGAAAGCAGCCAAGCCGGUCAUUCUCAAGCAACUGAUCAUGCAUAACUGGUCCGAUGGUGAAGUGCAGAGCACAUACCCAUUGGGCGAUUACAAGUCCAAAUUCGGCACUGACUAUAACAACUUCCAUCGCAUCGACAUUCACAAGCAACUCCUCAAAUCUGCCUUUGAAGAGCCCGGCGAAGGACCGGCCUGUGUCUUGAAAGUGAACCACAAGGCCACCGAAGUAGACCACGACCAAGGCAUCAUCCGAUUCGAAAAUGGAGUAGAGACAUCAGCGGAUUUAAUUGUGGCAGCUGAUGGCAUUCGAUCGCUCACAAGAGACCUGAUCGGCAUCGUCCCCGACUUCGAAAUGUCCACUUCAUGCUGCUACCGAUGCAUCAUCGGUGCUGAUAAACUUCGCUCUCUCGGUCUAGACGACUACAUCUCAAACGAAGCCAUCGAGUACUGGGGCGGAUUUGGAAUUAACAAGAUUGUCAUGUCGCCAUGCAGUAACGGCGAAGUAGUGAGCUGUUACUGUUUCUAUCCGGCAUCAGUCAACAACCUCCGCGAGGACGGGUGGAACAUUGCCGCUUCACCGCAACAGCUGGUGGAUACGUUCCCCGACUUGGAUCCCAGGAUGAAGACAUUGAUGUUGAACUCUGAGGAUAUCAAGAUGUGGCGCCUAUAUCGUCACCAGCCUUAUCCAUACUGGGUGAAGGGCAAGGUCUGCCUACUUGGCGAUGCCGCCCAUCCUAUGAUGCCCGACCAGUCACAGGGAUCCUGCAUGGCCUUUGAAGAUGCUGGCGCUUUGGGAAUUGUAUUCAACAAGAACUUCCGAGAGAACUACAGCGUGUCAGAAGGACUAGCACUCUAUGAGAAGCUACGUAAGCCACGUGCUACACGAGUCCAGGAAGCAAGUUUCCGGGCUCGCGAGAAUCUGAAUGAGCGCAUUGGAUGGAGCUCAUCGGCAGACCAAUCGGGGAAGCUGACCAUCGAGGAGGUGUGCGGGUAUAACAUGAGGGAUCACCUUGCCGAAUUGAUGGCUGGAGGAAACUGA